UUAGCUUGGCUAAACUCAGCUCGCUAACAGUAGCUUUUAGGCUUAAAACGACCGCGUCGGCUUUAUCAACAACACAAGACAACAAACUGCAAGUUUAUUACUUAAAUACUUCAAACCUGCUACAAAAAACAAGCCCUUUUAAUCACCGUGGCUCAAAAUCCACUUCCGGCUUCGUCGCCGUGUUGUUGCGCUUCUGUGUCGUAGCUCAAGAUUAAUGACAUUUAGUCAAAUUACAGUCAGAAAAUUUAAUAAUAUAACUAAUAGCUUCAAAUACACGCAAACUGUAACCUUGCUCUCCGUCGCAAAUCAUGACCUAAUUCAUUAACUCUGCUUUUUCCACAAAGCAUUCCGACACUAGGUGGCGGCAUUGCAGCGUUUAUUAUUAUUAUAAUAAUGAUCAUUAUUACCUUUAGUAAAGGGAGACUUCCAGUAUUUUAUAUUAUUUCAUUAGCUUCUGCAUCCAACAAUGCUAAAAAUCUCCCUUUUUUUUCAACCUAAAGCUUUAUAAUAGCUUCUAUUUGCAUCCAUCACACAUUUGUCAACAACACCCUUGAACACAUUACAAAAGUUUUAGAGGAGAACACAAAAGUUCACACUUUUUUUUUUUUAAAAACAACUCCUUUUGAAGAAGCUUCUGUCUGGUGAUGGUGUCCUCCUAAAGUGGUUUUGUACCACUAGACCUCAGACGAAGAUCCAGAGAGGAAUCCGGUCCUGGACAUAUUAAAAACCAGGUGGGCCUGAGGAGGAUGGUGUGUUCGUACUGGGCCGUGUAGCUGCCCUUGAUGUCACACAGCGGCGGGUAGGGGUCCACGAUACCCAGGUCGCACAGGUUCUUCAGCGCCAACAGCAUGGCUGGCCUCAGGACAUCUUUCUCUGUUUGCCUCUCCAGCUGUUCUGUCACUUCACCCACUUCUCCAACCUCCCCCUCGGCCUGGUGUGCCCCCGCUGCUGCAAUGUCAAGUCACGUCGCCACGUGCACGUCACAGCCUGCAGGACCACUGAGAAUAAGAAGGUUGAAAGUUUUUCUGGAUACAAAUCUAGAGGAGCAGAAAGACAAAAGGACGGAAAAUGGCAAAAAAGGCAGCAAAAAAAGCCCGAAUGGCGACUUCCCGGAGACACAAUCCCACGAGGAGGACUCCACGGAGGAAGGGGACGACCCCUCCGCCGCAGACAGCCAGGACCCGCUGUCCUGUCUCAAGCGGGACGCCCCGGGGCUGUUGAACGAGCUGGGCCAGUCCAUCGGCAAACACAAGUGGACGCCGGCGCAGCUCGGGGACAUUCUCAACUACACCUGGGCGGAGCUCCGUAGCGCCGAGCCGAAAAACGUGCAGGUGGCGCCCAAGCCCAAGCCCAAGUCCUCUGGGAGAAUGAAGAAGUUGCAGAAGAAAGAGAAGCGAGCAAGCGAAGCGAGAGCGUCCAGCAAUCCCAACCAGGCCAGAGACUCCAGCUCCACCCAAGAUCCAGGUGAAGGUUGUUUUGUUUCGCCUUUGACUCUGGGUGGAGAAAGUCCUUCGCUAGACACGUGUCAGUGGGUGGUGGAGCGUCUGCAGGCCGCCAGAAGUCCACAAAACCCGGAGGCCGCCGAGCAGGACCUAAACAAAUCCCCCAUCUUGCGCCACUACUCGGACGAAGCGGUGGAAGCGGAGGAAAAUAAAGGGGCGACCAAACCCGACGCACAGCCUGACGCCAACAAGGGCCCCGGGGCGCCGGAGAAGACCAAGCGGGGCCCUCCUCGGAGGAAACUACAUUACAGGAUCAACGACGGAACCUCGUUCAUCUACUACCCAUCAGGCAACAUGGCGGUGUGUCACAGCCACUCCGGUCUGACCUCCGGAGGCUUCUACAGCAACGUCUUCACCGACAACAAGGCUCCCUUCGUCCUGUGCUCCAUCACCAUGUACGGCCACGGUCACGUCACACACCCUGUCAGUUCCGCCAUCACCGCCGUGUGGGACCAGCUGGGUGGGUUCAUCUGCGACCGCAACGGCAACAUGAAGCAGGAGUGGAGCUGGAAGUUGGACGAAGACGUGCAGGAGAAGAUUGUUGUAAAGGUGUCGAAGGGAAUCUCCGUGCAGCUGCACAGCAGCACGUCGGCCGUGCUCUGCUUCAAGUGUGACAAGCAGAAAGUUCUGCUGCCGAUCACUGCUGUCCCUUACCUCGCCAAGGAGCCGGAGGCUGGCCUGUCACUCCUGGAUGGCGAAGGGAUGCCAGGGCGAUGGAGGAAAGAAUGUCUCGUGCUGAGCGAGCUGACCAAAAUCCACCAGAAAGCCCGAGACCUCCAGGACGCUUGGCUGAAAUUUUACCAAAAGGCCACCGGCAUCAAGCGGCGUAAGAAGAAGCGAAAGACCUCGUCCAAGAUUAAGCGCAAAAAGCGUUCGUCGGCGGCGCCUGCGAAGAAAUCCGCGGAGAAGAAGAAGCCCGCUGCGCCCAAAGCGGUGGUCAAUGCGCAGCCCCAGGUGGCCACCACCACCACCAAACCCAAGCCCAAACAGAAUCCCAAACAAAGACUAAGACCUUCGAAGAACGCCAGGGCGCCUGUGAAGCACGUACGGGAGUAUAAAGUCACACAAAUCGGAGCUCUUCGUAUCCAUGGAAACAUCAAACGAGAGUCCGUGAUCCUCACCGGCUUUCCCGAUCCACGCCUGGCCGCCUUGCCUCUUUGCCCCGCCCCCUCCUGCCUCCCCUCCUCCGUGCCCCUCACCGUGUGCCCCCUGCUGCUGAGGGCCGCCCUCCUCAGGGGCCCCGGCGAGCCGAAGGAGCAGGCGCCCGUCCGGCGGUGCUGCUGCAGCCCGGCGCUGAUGCCCGUGCUGACGGACGCCGAGUACGACGCCUUCAUCAUGGGCCAGCCCAAGCACAGCCAGCAGAUCCUCAUCGUGUACGUGACGCUGCCCGCCAGCUGGGAGGAGCCCGGGGCGAGGGACGCCAUGGCGAGGGACGCCAUGCAGCGGCUGUACCGCCGCAGCAACGUGAACAGAGCCAUGCCGUGCACUCAGUGCCAGAUGGACUCCUUUCGCCUGGUGAGGUACGAGGUGUCAACGGGAGCGCUGGGCUGUCCCAUAGACAACAUCCUGCUGCAGCACCGCAACAACGUCGCCGCCGGCAUGAUCCUGAUGUACAUCCGAGGAACGCUGAUGUUUUUGGGCUACGUAUCCAGCGGUAGCAGCCUCUCCACCGUGGACCUCCAGAAGCAAAUACUGAGAACCAGAGAGGACUACAGGUGUGGCGUGAGCCUCCCUCCAGAUUACAAAUUCAGCGAAAGGCCAAAGGUCGCGGCGGCUCCCCCCGACGCAAAAAAGCCCGACUGUCCGUCGCCGACGGGGAAGAACGACGUGGCUUUGACUCUGUCGGCGGAGAAGGAGUGUCCGCCUGACACGUGCGUACUGAAGGAGACCAGUUGAUGUCCAAAGUGUGACAUCACAAAAACGGCGUUCUGUUUACCCCAGCUGUGGGAAUUACCCCCCCCCCCCCCCCCCCCCGCUCAGGAGGAAGAGAUGAUGUAGAUGUGAUGGUCCAGAUAUGAGAUACUCAUCGUUUCACUUUCUGUUCUCUAUCAAACCACCCUGAUGACUGGGUGUUACUUCCUCAGCCUUGCAGCAAAUAAUACAUCAGCUCCAUUUGUCAUUUCCUUAAAGGGCUUUAAAAAUAGCAAAUAGGACGUAGAGUGUGCGUUCAUUCUUGUGGAUAUCAAUACAAACCCCAAAA